GGGCCAGACCAGUGGUAGGCGCGGGCAGUCACGGCUCCGAGUGGCCCAGGCGGUGGGCUGUGCCGGAGUCUCCUCCCUUUGGCCCGCAGCAGUCCUGCAGCUGCGGUGUCACCACCAUUGCCAUGGCCUCCACGCAGCUCUUCCGUGCACUCGUGUCUGCGCAGUGGGUGUCAGAGGCGCUGCGGGCCCCACGGGCUGGGCAGCCCCUGAAGCUGCUAGAUGCAUCCUGGUACCUGGCCAAGCUAGGCCGUGAUGCGCGACGUGAGUUUGAGGAGCGCCACAUCCCAGGCGCCACCUUCUUUGACAUCGACCACUGCAGUGACCGCAUGUCGCCCUAUGACCACAUGCUGCCCAGUGCCGAGAACUUCGCGGAGUACGCGGGCCGCCUGGGCGUGAGUGCCGCCACGCACGUCGUGGUCUAUGACGCCAGCGACCAGGGCCUCUACUCGGCGCCGCGUGUCUGGUGGAUGUUCCGGGCCUUCGGCCACCGCACUGUGUCACUGCUUGACGGUGGCCUCCGCCACUGGCUGCGCCUGAAUCUCCCGCUCAGCUCGGGCAAAAGCCGACCUGUGCCCACCGAAUUCAGCGCCCGGCUGGACCCCACCUUCGUCAAGACCUAUGAGGACAUCAAGGACAACUUGGAGUCCCGCCGCUUCCAGGUGGUGGAUGCCCGGGCCUCUGGCCGCUUCCGUGGCACCGACCCUGAGCCCCGAGACGGCAUCGAGCCCGGCCACAUCCCUGGCACUGUGAACAUCCCCUUCACAGAAUUCCUGACGGAGGAGGGCCUGGAGAAGAGCCCCGAGGAGAUCCACUGCCUGUUCCGGGAGAAGAAGGUGGACCUGUCCCAGCCCUUGGUGGCCACGUGUGGCUCCGGUGUCACAGCCUGCCACGUGGUGCUGGGGGCCUACCUCUGUGGCAAGCCCAACGUGCCCGUCUAUGAUGGCUCCUGGGUGGAGUGGUACAUCCGUGCCCAGCCUGAGCACGUCAUCUCCGAGGGCCGAGGGAAGACCCACUGAGGCUGGAGGGGACACAGGCCAGCUGGGCGCCUGGCCACCAGCAGCGCACAGCCUGUGGCUCUGACUCUGCUUUGUGUGCAAGUGCUUACUGUCACUCAGCUCAGCAUUUGGGGUGACAUCUGAGACACCAGGAAUUCUGGUGACUCUGGGGCUCCCAGAGGAGGCAGGAGAACACCAGGAAUUCUGGUGACUCUGGGGCUCCCAGAGGAGGCAGGAGAAAGACGACACGGGCACAGGAAGGGACAUCAGACACAGAACUGCCCCUAACGGUGCUAAACUGGGGCCCCACUUUGCUUCCAUUGUACCAUUGAAGAAAUAAAGCAGCCAAGUGUGAAACCCUUGUA